GCGAGAACCAAAGCCCAAACCAACCACGCGCGCGUGUGGUGGGAGAAAGCUUAGCUUGGCCGUGUGUGUGUGGGUCACUGCAGCAGAGGAGCUCCUUGCGAUGGCGGCAGCCGUGGCCACCGUGGCCUCCACCCCUGCCUCCAGGCGCCUCCCCGCCCACCCGCUCUCCGCCUCCACCGCCGCGCCGUCCCUCAUCCGCCUACCCGGAUCAUCCAGGCGCCUCCGCCGGGCCCUGCGAGUCUCUGCCGCCGCGGAGGACCCCGACGUGCUGCCGGGGCCCGGCGCUGGCGACCUGGAGAUGCUGCCGGCGGGGCUGCUGGAGGACCUGCCGCUGCCGGAGGGCGCGCUCGGGGGCAGCCAGCUCGACAUCGGAGGGCUCGCCUUCCAGGGCGACAUGGGCGGGGGAUUCGCGCCCGGCGGCAGCACCGGCGGCGGCGACGGCGGCGGCAACAAGAUGCUCGAUCGAGGCAUCAACACCGCCAUCGUGCUCGGCGCCAGCACAUACGCGCUCACAAAGCUCCUCACCGUCGACCAGGACUACUGGCAUGGGUGGACCAUCUUUGAGAUCCUGCGCUACAUGCCGGAGCACAACUGGUCCGCCUACGAGGAGGCCCUCAAGACCAACCCGGUUCUCGCCAAGAUGAUGAUCAGCGGCGUCGUUUACUCCCUCGGCGACUGGAUUGCCCAGUGUUACGAAGGGAAGCCCAUCUUUGAGUUCGACCGUACUCGUAUGUUCCGCUCUGGCCUCGUAGGCUUCACGCUUCAUGGAUCCCUUUCGCACUACUACUACCAUUUCUGCGAGUCGCUGUUUCCCUUCAAGGAUUGGUGGGCUGUUCCCGUAAAGGUUGCCUUUGAUCAGACGGCUUGGUCCGCGCUGUGGAACAGCAUAUACUUCGUCGCCUUAGGCUUCCUUCGUUUGGAAUCUCCAUCCACCAUAUUCAGCGAGCUCAAGGCCACCUUCUUUCCCAUGCUUACUGCUGGAUGGAAGCUGUGGCCUUUUGCACACUUAAUUACAUACGGUGUAGUUCCCCUUGAACAAAGACUCCUCUGGGUCGACUGUGUGGAACUGAUCUGGGUCACAAUCCUGUCAACUUACUCGAACGAGAAAUCUGAAGCAAGGAUUUCAGAUGGUGCCUCCAUAUCUACAGAUUCAAAGGACAACACAAGAUAGCACCAGAUUCCAUCGUUCUGCUAGUUUAUACGGAGUAGAUUGUAACACAGAAAGUAUUUAUUGUUCUGGGAUUGUACAAAAUUGCAGAUGUAAUCUUAUAUGGUGAACAAGCAGUGCUCAACAUAAAAAACAUCAAAAACGUUAUCUUGAA